AUGGGCAAGGACUCCUGGAUAGCCCUGGGCUGUGAGGGUUCGGCAAAUAAAUUGGGGAUAGGCGUCAUCAGACACACCUCUUCGAACGAGACGACGAUCCUGUCAAACCUCCGGCACACCUUUGUCUCGCCCCCUGGAACAGGCUUCCUCCCCAAAGACACAGCCACGCACCACCGCGCACACUUCCCCCAGCUGGCACUGCGCGCUCUCAAAGAAGCAGGAUGCUCUAUCGGUGAUGUGGACGUGAUCUGCUUCACGCAGGGCCCAGGUAUGGGCGCGCCGCUCAGCAGCGUCGCGGUCGCGGCACGCACGCUGAGCCUACUAUGGGACAAACCGCUUGUGGGCGUGAACCACUGCGUAGGACACAUCGAGAUGGGCAGGACGAUUACGGGGGCGGACAACCCGGUGGUGCUGUACGUGUCGGGCGGCAACUCACAGGUCAUUGCGUAUGCCGAGCAGCGGUACCGCAUCUUCGGCGAGACACUGGACAUUGCCGUGGGGAAUUGCCUGGAUCGGUUCGCGAGGACGCUCAAGAUCAGCAAUGACCCAGCGCCGGGCUAUAACAUCGAGCAGUUGGCCAAGAAGGGGAAUAUACUGCUGGAUCUGCCCUACACGGUCAAGGGCAUGGACUGCUCGUUCUCAGGGAUCUUGGCGAGCGCCGAUGCCUUGGCGGCUACAAUGGACAAGGGCGGCUUCACACCCGAGGAUCUUUGCUUCACGCUGCAGGAGACUGUAUUUGCCAUGCUGGUCGAGAUCACGGAGCGAGCGAUGGCGCACGUGGGGAGCAACCAGGUGCUCAUCGUAGGCGGCGUCGGCAGCAACGAGCGGCUGCAGCAGAUGAUGGGUGAGAUGGCCAGGGAGCGGGGCGGGAGCGUGUUUGCUACAGACGAGAGAUUUUGCAUCGACAAUGGCAUAAUGAUUGCGCAUGCUGGGCUGCUGGCGUACCGGACUGGCUACCGGACGGAGCUCAAGGACACCAUGUGCACGCAACGCUUUAGAACAGACGAGGUAUUCGUCAAAUGGAGGGACUGA